GAUGCCCGAGCUAGAAGGUUGCAUGGAAUAGAAGAUGCGAUGAUUUUUAUCAUUAAAGCGGCGUAGAAUUUUGAAGCGUUAUGAUACGAAGUAAGAAGUAAAUGGAUUGAAAUAAUUACUUUAGGCGAUGAUGUAAAAAGGGGGCCCCUUUUAUGCAUUUUGUUGAGUCGUAUUCACGGAGUUUGUAUCGAGUUGAAAUUAAUUUCCGGACAGGUUAGAACAUUGGUAGCGUACAAGUAAAGGUACAAACAAUAGCCUUAGUGAAGCGCAUGUGCAGGUACUUUACUGACGGGACUGGUUGCUAGGCACACGUGUACAUGAUACAUACAGACUAGGCGGUACUAUUCUGACUACUGGUAUGCGAACAAGAUUUAUAUGAAUAAGAAAUAAAGAUGGACAUUGAAUAUCAAAUCUUAAAUCUAUACAAAACUAAGCAAUUGGACAAAUGCCUUAAACUAUGUGAAGUAGCGCUACAAGAAAAAGAUAAUCGGAUGAUCGAAUUCGUUAGGAUGAGAGCUAUGACAAUACAAGCAAAAAUAGUUGGAAAUGGUUACGAAGAAGUGGAAUAUUAUCCGCAACAGGAUGAGUUGGUUUCUACUUCAGUGGCCAAGACUCCGAGGCCUGGAACUUUUUUCCAAAGGGAUACAAAAACAGCUAGGAAUCUUGAAACAUCAUAUCAGAAAAGAACUACCGCAACAGUGCGGUCACGUGCCGGCACCAAUACUGCUGGAGCUCGGAGCAUGAGAACCGCCCUGCACACAGCCUCUCGCAUGUCUCGAGCUGCAACAGCACUUACUGGAGGAGCACCGUUCACUCCGGGAGCACCACUUUCUUUAAGGUUUCUUUCCAAAGAUGAUAAACUUUUUACUCCAGCUUCAAAAACACUAUUUGAAUAUGUGUACUAUGUGGAAGGUGAUGUUAGAAAGGCAAUGGAAGUGGCAUUCCAGGCUCAGAAAGCCGACGACACUUCCGACUGGUGGUGGAGUUUCUCGUUAGCUCGUUGCUAUUUUGCUCUCGGUAUGCACAGGCAUACUGAAGAUUGCCUACGUCAGGCACUUAAACAGAAUAAACAUAUUUCAAUUUAUCUUCGUCUGGUUGCCAUGUACGUUGGUCUUAAUCAACCGAUUUCAGCACUCGAAGUUUGUAAGCAAGGUUUAUCCGUGUUUCACGAAUAUACGCCGCUUUUAAUAGAACAAGCAAGAAUUCAUGAUCAAAUGGGAAACUCUGCUUUAGCUGUGAAAGAAUACCGUAUGGUGGCAUUAGAGGAUCCUUCGAACAUGGAAGCAAUAGCCAAUAUUGCUAUGUAUAAUUUUUAUAACGAUCAACCGGAAAUUGCUUUGCGAUAUUAUAGGAGAUUACUGGCUACAAAUCCAGUGGGACCGGAAAUAUACAACAAUUUAGGAUUAUGUUGUUUGUAUUGUAAUCAAUGGGAUUUGACAUUACCCUGUUUUCGACAAGCUCUGUACUUUUCUGCCGACCCUGAAAUACGUUCAAAUAUUUGGUUUAAUCUGUCCCACGUAGCUCUGUCAACGGGCGACGUAACCUUAGCUUAUCGGUGUCUUCAAGUAAGUCUCGCAAUAGAUUCGAAGAAUGAAGCUUCACAACAUGCGUUACACUCUUUGGACGCAAGAUUAAGAGCUAGAAAAAAUGUUACGACCUAACUAUGGCUUAAUAUAAAUUAAAAGCACCUAAACCGUA